AUGAAGAGAUCCAAAACGCACAGCUCCAGCGACAUAGCCGCUGAGAUGUCUGCUGCGGCCACCCCCUCUCCUUCGUCCUCGACUACCGCUAGCACCAAGAGACGGCGUAACAACCCAAACGAGUGCUGCGUGAAAUGCAGCGGCAAAUAUAGCGAUGACCCUUGUGAUAACUGCUCGCGGCUCAAGCUCGACUGCAGUUUCACGCAAAACGCCAAUGGCUCACAGCCGCAUGACAAGGUGGCCAGGACCACACCCAAUGGUAUAGUCACAGAAGCCGGGACUAUUCGAAAACGCGCACAGAGAGCGGCGACUUGCCCAGGUGUCAAAGAUGCCAGUCCAACGAUCUUCCGUCGUGUGGCACAGGUCGUGACGACCACAUCAAAUGGGCGCAUCGCGCAAGAGAGUAGGAGCAGCAGCGAAUUGGAAACGCCUACUCCAUCAUUGGAGCGAGUCUUUCUUCCCGGUUCUCUGGUCCAGGAUCAUCUGCUCAGAAGAGAGGUCGUUUUGAAGCAUGCCAAUAUCUACUUUGACCACCUUUUCCACAUGCCCUGCAUGGGAUUCUUGCAUCCAGGCACUAUCUACCGGCUGAUUGAUGAAGACAAGCUCUCACCUGCUCUGGCAGCAGGCAUCUGCUCUAUAACAGCCGACUUUGUGUCCCCAGGUCCGGCUGGGCGCGAAUUCGCGGUUCGGUGCAAUGAACGGCUGGAACACGAUGCGCUCCGCAAUUUCGCCUUCAUGGACCAAGAACAACUCGUUUUCCACGUACUGGCCACCGUCUACAACUGGAUGUCUGGCCCCCUGAGCAAAGUGUGGAUGUGGACCGCCACAGCCGGCAGGUUGAUCAAAUGCCUGCAGCUCAACUACGAGCCGGACCACAGGUCUGUUCAGGUGGCUCCUUCGGAAAGAGAGAUCCAAAGGCGCGGUGUAUGGCAGAUUUAUAUCAUCGACCAUUUCCUGUCGGGCGGGCACGAUGAGCAUCUUCUCCUCCCGUCCAACUCGAUACAUAUCAGAUUACCCUGCUCCGACCAGGUAUUCAGAGACGAUUUGCCCUCGACCAUGGAGACGCUUGAUCGCAACCCGUCAAUUCCGUCUAGCCUCGGCGACUACAGCCUCGACGCUUGCCACGUAAGGCUGCUCACGAUUCGAAGCCAGGUCCUUAGGACUACCAAACGUUUUACCGACUCCUCCCAGAAUGCCGGGCCAGAAGCCAUGAGGCCGGAACAGUUCAUGGAACACACUCUCAAAGAACAAUCUAUGCGCGACUCAGCCAGCGGCAUCCCUUGGGAAUUCUUCUUACGUUCACACCAACCAUUCCUCUUUCGCUGUCAACAGCAGGCUAUUGCUUACGCUAUCUGUCUGGCCCAAACUUGGGACUAUUGCCUGCAUAAUAUCAAGAAGGGCCCGAAAACCUCAAUAGCACAGGGCCUGGUUACAGUCGACUGGAUGGUUGGGGCAUGCGCUGUCGAUGUUGUCGAUGCUCUUCUCGUUGCGAGAAAGCACAGGCUAUACGAGGACCUUCGUGGCAACACCAGUGCUCAAAUGUGCUACUCGAAGCCAAUCGAUGACACAUUACUAGCGUCACUUACCUCGACGAUUGUUAAGCUUGUCGAUGACCUCGUCAAGUUCUUACCGAGGGUUGAACAUUAUAACCAAGUUAUACACGAAAAGUUAAAAGAGUUCGAUAUCCAGUCUGGCAAUGUUGACCGAAUUGGAGCUGUCAAGUCAGAGGACCGAAAUGGGACACCGAGUCCCACUCUACCAGGCCCGAAUGACAUACUGCCAGAUUCACAGCUUGACGCAGAGGUCUCUCCCAGUAGCUUUGCAGACUCGGCCUCGAUAUCAGAUCGAUUCUUGAGGAAGAAGUCGGUCUCUUCUCCGUACGAAAAGCUGCCGAUGUACAGCGGCGUGGUACCGAACAUGCAAGUUGCGGAGGCACCAUCAGUGAUGCCGUACUGUUUGCAGCAGGCCCGGGCAUCGUCUCCGACAGGUCCUUUCGCAGCACCAACUGCUAGCAACCACCAGCCGUCUUACAUCCCGCCCAACUCAUCGAUCAACGGCCCGACACCAGUCCCGACCCACUCGACCUUCGCACUCAGCAUGGGGCCCAUUUUCGACACGUCCAUCAGGCCAACCGUGUUCACAGAUGCCGCGAUGCCCCAAUCGAUGACGAUGAAUCACUAUCCUGUCGGCGAGAGCACACCACAGCCCAGCAUGCAGACCCCGAUGGUGCCGGGACACAAUGUCUACGAGUCGUACGGCCCUCCGUACAAUUUUCAGAACGAACAUACCCAGGGUCCCUGGUUACAGCAUGGGCAACGCGACCCUCACGGCUACAGUUGA